AUGUCCGAUCCAGUGUCCCUGACAAACAAACGUUGCCGAAGGCUGGAUGCGCUGGAUGCGCUGGAUCCAGCGGAUACAGGUGGAACAAGGCGUCCAGGAGGCGGAGGGCGUUUCUGCAGACCAUGGGUCAGGGACGAGCCACCUUUGGCACGAGCCCCGGGAGCUAUUUCGUACAGGCUCCCCAAAAUCUUCUGGUCUGGAGCCAAAGCUAUUUCGACACUGGCAUCCGGCAUUCCCAUUCCUCCAUCUCUCAUUGCCGCCGUGUCCGUCCUCGAACCAUAUCUCGUCAAUUCUUCAACCGCGCCCGUCUCUGCUCAUCAGAAGCCGGCGACAUACUCUUCCAUCCUCGAUCUCCGUCGUCUUGGGCUGUUAGAGCUCAACGCCGCAAGAGCUUCUAGCUCAUGCUGGCUUGACCGAUACGUUCCCGUUGAUGCUCGGGACCCGGACCAGUAA